CAGCUCAGUGCGCUCCCACCAUGGGCAACAGCGCGGGUCGCAGCGACUUCGAGUGGGUCUACAGCGACCAGCCACACACGCAGCGGCGCAAGGAGAUGCUGGCCAAGUACCCGGCCAUCAAGGCCCUGAUGCGGCCUGACCCUCACCUCAAAUGGACUGUGCUGGGAAUGGUCUUGGUCCAGCUGCUGGCCUGCUGGUUGGUGUGUGGGCUCACUUGGCGCUGGCUGCUGUUCUGGGCCUAUGCCUUCGGGGGCUGUGUCAACCACUCCCUGACGUUGGCUAUCCACGACAUCUCACACAAUACAGCCUUUGGCACAGGCUAUGCUGCCUGCAACCGCUGGUUUGCUAUCUUCGCCAACUUGCCCAUUGGCCUGCCGUAUUCAGCAUCCUUCAAAAAGUACCAUGUGGACCACCACCGAUACCUGGGCGGCGAUGGGCUGGAUGUGGACAUUCCCACGAACUUUGAGGGUUGGCUCUUCUGCACACCUGCCCGCAAGCUAAUCUGGCUGGUGCUACAGCCAUUCUUCUAUGCACUGCGGCCGCUCUGUGUGCACCCCAAGGCAGUGACCCGCAUGGAGAUGCUGAACACCCUGGUGCAGCUGGCCUUUGACGUUGUCAUCUUUGCCCUUUGGGGGAUCAAACCUCUGGUCUACCUUCUGGCUAGCUCCCUCCUGGGCCUGGGCUUGCACCCCAUCUCUGGCCACUUUGUUGCUGAGCACUAUAUGUUCCUGAAGGGCCAUGAGACUUACUCUUACUAUGGGCCCCUCAACUGGAUCACCUUCAAUGUCGGCUACCACAUGGAGCAUCAUGACUUCCCCAGCAUCCCUGGCUGCAACUUACCACUGGUAAGGAAGAUUGCACCUGAGUAUUAUGACCACCUACCACAGCACUACUCCUGGGUGAAGGUGCUCUGGGACUUUGUGUUUGAGGACUCUCUGGGCCCCUACGCCAGGAUCAAGCGCAAGUGUAAGGUGGCAGAGGGCCACCUGUGAGCCUGGAUGGCCAGCAGCCCUAAGGGGCAACCCCGUGCCUCCUGUGCACGCCACAUAGAUGGCUGCUGCCUCCACUCCCACAGGCCAGGGCCCCAGAACUGUUUCUCCCAUUCUGUGCUGUUUCUGGCCCUGCUGAGCCCUGGGAGUUAUCCAGCAACAGUAGACACUGGUUGCAGCUGGGGUACCUGGGCUUAGAAGUCUCAGCUGUUUGACUGUGACUAGGAUACUUUGUGCCCAUGGUCCCCAUGGGGCUGGCUUCUCUGUUCCUGCACCCUAGAUUAAAC